AUGAACUCACAGGAUGAAAAUUCUGAUUUGGAACAAGACCGCACCCAAUGCUCUGACCAAAGUGAAAGUUCAGAGGUAGACACUAACUCUGGUUCCGAAGACGAUUUUAUCAGUAGCGGUGACGAGUUGACGACAGUUAUUUCGUCGGAUGAACAACGACACAAUUUUGGAUUUGCAUCGUCACUUUCAGAGCAUACAGAGUAUUUUACCAAAACAUUGGCAUAUGCACUAGACUCAGUCCAGAUGGAUAAGUCACUAGUGACACAAGCACAAAUUAGUGGCAAAAUCAAUAACAAGAACCAGAAAUUGAUUGAAAAGAAGGAAGAGCUACGUAUGAAGCUACAGCAUUUAAAAAUGUUACAUGACAAACACAUCACCAGUAAUAGACUCGGUCAGCUUGAGAGGGAUAUUAGAAUGUUCUCGACACGUUUAGAAAUCCUUAAGAAUGGAGUACAAAAAACUCUGUUGUUAGGCAAAAAAAGCACACAAGGCGUGGCGCAGAAAUACCCGGUGGAGUAUAAUCAGGCUAGAGAUAAGAUUCUAGAACGAGAAUACGACUGA